CCGACCCUCAGGUCAUUCUUGUUUACCUAGGUACUUGUGCCUUAUUGUUGUUACUGUCCAGGUAGUUCCUUGUCGAGGGCCGGAGUGCUUCUAGAACGACUCGCGUUGUUGGGAUCUGACACUUUCCGCCACUGCCGUGCUUGCCCCCUCAGACCGACUCCCUAUACCUGGUCAAACCCCCCUUUAGCUCGUGUGAGAGCAGGAAGUCAACGCAAUCAGGCUGAGCCGCCCUUGUCCGCUCGGACGGCUUACGACGUCGCCAACAGUCCUACAGAGUGAAAAGCACCGGGAGGCUACAGCCAUCAUUCUCACACAGUCACGCCGACAAGCAUCGAGGACGUGAAGCGGGCAAGAUGAAUAUCAAUAAAAAGUUCGACCGCAUGAAGCAAUGGGGAAAGGAGCGCAUGGGAGGCGAGAAGCUGUCUGACACCACGGAGGAGUUCAAAUCGCUCGAGCAGGAGAUGACGCUGAGGCAAAAUGGAAUGAGUCGACUGAAGAAGUCCGCCGAUGUCUACGUCCAACACACCGCGAAGCGAGAGAAGUAUCAGGAGAAGGAGCAGCAGCUUCCAGUGGCCUACUUUGGCAGCACGAUGGUGGCACACGGGGACGACUUCGAACCGGAUUCGGAAUUUGGCCAGUGUCUCUCUAUGCUGGGGCGAGCGAAUGAGCGAAUCGCACGUAUGCAGGAGACGUACUGUGCCAAUGCCACGAGUAGCUGGCUGGAGUCGCUGGAAAGAAGCUUGGUUCAGAUGAAGGAAUAUGAGAAGGCAAGGAAGCAGCUCGAAAAUAGAAGACUGGCAUACGACACCGCGAGCCAGAAAAUGCAGAAGAGUAAGAAGGAGGAUUUUCGAAUGGAAGAGGAGUUGCGUAAUCAGAAGAUGAAGUACGAAGAGAGCAGCGAGGACGUAUACCGCAGGAUGCUGGAUAUCAAGGAGGCAGAAGUGGACUCGGUGCAAGACCUUUCCAGUUUCUUGGAAGCAGAGUUGACGUACUACGAUCGAUGUCGCGAGGUGCUGCUGCAGCUGAAGCGAGAUUGGCCAGCCUCCACCCAACUAUCCCGCUCCAACAAUGCCUCUCCUGUCAAUGGUAGAGGGAGCGGCCCUCUCGAACGGCGCAGCACUCGUUCACGUGCUAGCAGCGUCAACGACCGCUUCAACACAAUCGACGAAGACGAUCCUCUUCCUGCACCUCGACGCCCUACAAUCUCGUCUCGUCUACCAUCAGGCGCCAAUUCCCCCAUGAAAGAACUCCCUGGAUUUGAUAUCCCCACAAGACCCGGCAUCCGCAGCGCGAGUAGUACCGGCUUCGAGGGCCCAAUGUCGUCGUCCUACAAUGCUCGAGCCGAGAGUCCUGCACACGUGCCACGAAUAACAAGAGCUCCUACCGAGCCCAGUACACUUCUAGGCGCACGCUCCAACCUACGAAUCACCAAGAGCCGAGAGGGUAGCCAACCUCCGACAUCGUCGCAUGAAGGAGUGUUUGCGGAUGAUCAGGUUGAGAAUGGUGGAGUCUCACGAUACGAUGAAUUGCAGAGAACAACGAGCUAUGGUCCAGAUGGAAUGGCGAAGAAGGCUCCUCCGCCGCCGCCUCCUUCGAGGGCUAGCAAACCUAAGCCACCUCCACCGCCUAUGAAGAGAAGUGCUCUGAGCACGAGUGAGGUGCCAUCUUAUCACUAGCUGUCAUCAUUUCUCAGCUGUGAGAGCUGACCAAGGUUCUCUGCGAUGCUGUCGAUCGUGGGCUGCCGGUUCAACACUAAAGCUUGGAAGUGGAGAGUAAAACUUUGAAGCUUCCGAAGAGAACGAUGAACGCUCUGAGCGAUCCGUUCAACGAUAUUGGGAAAGUUCAAGGGGAAACAUAGUCUCUGAAUAGCAUGAGCGAAGGAGUCCGGGGGGAGGUUGAACAACUGCUUUGAGGGCUGUAUACCCGUAUUGAUCUUCCAAGAGAGGAUAGCGUACCUAGAUGAUAACUCGUGCUGAGCGCGAACAGCGAAGCAAUAUCUGAG